CAUCAUGACGAUGGCGUGUGCAACGAGCUGCGCAUAAUAAUGACAGCGGAUGGCAAUCUGAACGAUAAGCGGCACCCGAUAAUGAAACAUUUAACUAACCCGUCGGUAGUCGCUGGCCAUAAAUCUGUCGGCAGUCUGCUCGCAGAGGCUUUUAGGUGCGGACCCCUUGCGCGGCAUACUUUCGGGCUUCCGUUCCGUUCCGUUCCGUUCGCCAAUGGCCCUGCUCCACUACACCUUCGACCAGCUCGAGUUGUACCUAGAAUGGGCGUUCGCCCAGCACGGAGAGGCCACGCCGAGUCCCUCGAUCCAGCCGUAUCCGGGCGUGUUCGUGGGCGAUCUCAGCCAGCUGAACCGCUUCAAGCGGCACGCCUUCUCCGCCGUCGUGGGCACGCUCUUCGUCCUCGCCUUCUCCGGCAACCUGAGCACCCUCUACGUGAACAGCCGCCGGAAGCUGCGUCCCUUCUUCCGGGCCUGCCUCAUCUCCCUGGCCUGCAGUGACCUCGUCUCCAGCGUCUUCUGCACCGUGUCCUACAUGGCCCAGUUCCAGGCGCAGUAUCUGCAGCUCUGGACAAUUGGUGGCUUCAUGUGCAAGUUUGUGCCCUUCAUAACCACCACGUCGGUGUUGUCGGGCAGCCUGACCCUGGUGGCCAUCGCCUUGGACCGCUAUUUGGCCGUGAUGCGACCCGUGCUGGGGUUCUGGAGUCCCGACAAACGCUUCAGCACUCUGUGCAUGCUGCUCAUCUGGGCCUGCUCGAUAGGAUCUUCUGGCCCGCUGCUGGGCAUCUACGACUACCGGAAGAUCUAUCUCUUGGAUGUGGAGGACUCCGGCGAGGAGAGUGAGGAGGUGGCGACCGCUGAGCCCGAGGAGCUGGUGGUCACCGAGCUGGAAGUGGUCCACAUGUGCCUGGCCGGGGACCACGACGUCGGACUCUACUACGUCAUACUGUUCACCCUGAUCUUCCUGCCGUGCAUAGUGUCCUUCCUAUGGCUGAAUGCCGUGAUUGCGAGGCAGCUCUGGCUGCGGAGGCACUACCACCAGGAGCAGCAGGUGCAGCAGCAGGAGCCCAAGGAGGGUCAGUUCAAGACCAUGGCGAAUGGCGGGGACCUCCUGAUGCCCUCCACCUUGGUCAGUGCCGUGGGAGUGGCCGUGCCCUUUGCGCUGGACAACACUCCCUUGCCGCCCAAGAGUCCCGUCAAGGCUCCUGGGAAGAAGACCACUGCUGCUGCUCUGGCCAGGGAGGCCAGGCACCGCAGGAUGGUGGCGGUGGUGCUGCUGAUGAUGGCGGUUUUCAUAUGCCUUCGACUGCCCGCCUGGGUCUUCCUGAUCAUGCGGCUCUAUGGAUCCUACUCGGAGCCCAUCGACUGGCUCCUGUACUUCAGCUUCGGCAUACUGAACCUGUUCAGUUGCGCCCUGAACCCCAUCUUCUACACCUUCCUCACCCAGACCAUUAGGACCGUGACGCUGGUCAAGCACAAAAUUCAGGGAUUCCUUGGCUGCCCGCUUGGUAAAGUGCCGGAUGGCAUGCCCACGGAUCAGAUGGACAAAAGCAGGUGCUGCUGCGGCCUGAGGCCACCCACCUUCACAUGGAGGUGCCAUCCCAGCCGCGAUAGGGCAGCAGCCACGGUAAUCAGGGAUGUGGACCAGCCAGAUCCGCCCUCCGACCAGGUGCAACCGGAUCCGAGUAGCCUGCGGCGGUUCCUCAGCUACAAGCAGGAGGUUUUCAGCAUUUACAAGCAGUGCGGUGACUCGUCGAGUGCGUCAAUCGAGUCCUCCGCCUGAUAGGCGGUGGUCAUAAAUCACCCGGGUGCAUUUGUCGGAUACGGGGGCCAACGGUUAGCAGAACCCCAGAACUUGAUUGAUGGAUGGAUCCACCCCCAUUCAGUCGGUACAGGCGCAAAAACGGUUUGUCACGGUGGGUAUAUCACCCACGAAUACAUUAGUACGCAUAUAAGAUAUAAGCUCACAUAUUAUGUACCUCAUCAAAUGUGUAAAUAUGAGGAAUAAACGAAUGGGUGUUGGCAGCUAACUAACCAUUAACACUUGGCACAAUCGAGAUCGGCAAGGUUUCAGUCAUUAUUGUGACGAAAACCUAAGACCUUCUAAGUACCACUUUAAACUAUAUAUAGAGAACCUAAGCUAAUUGUGAGAUUAAAAUGCAAUAACGCCUAAAGGUGCGAAUAUAACUAUUUUUAAAUAUUGUUAAUUAAGAAAUACUAGUUAACUGACAUAUGUGAUUAGUUUUGGUUCAGACAGACUAUCUUUGUUAUUUCUAAGAACGUAGUAAUUAGUUAGUGGAAUUAAUUAGUCACCGAAACUUAAAUUUGACUAAUUUGAGUCAUGCCCAAAAAGAGAACUGGCCUGACUAAGAUGCUCAUUAUAGAGUCAGCAGAUCGUGGACGAGACAAUGAGCCCGCAAUGCAAUAGAACUAGAUUGUAUACUAGAUACUUCCGUUUGGAACAAUGGUUAACAGAUCUCGUGAGAGAUAGAGCUGAAAGCAGUUAUUUGUCAAAUGAUGGGCACGCCAGUUGAAUUUAGCUAUGCGGCGAAAGCUCUCUCCCAAACUCUCUUCCCAUGAACUUUUGUAAGCCGCAGAGCCCGAAGCUCGACUCAAAGCUGAAAUCUGCGUUUUCUGGCAUUCAGUGUCGGCGGUUCGCGGCGAGCGGUUGGAUUCGGAUUCUUUGGUCGGUGAGACGCGAAAUCUUCUGUGCGGCGGGUGAAAUCUUCGGCAGAAGAAACAACAAAGCGACAAGUGUGGAGUGUGGAGUGCAUACCGUACCGAAAA